AGCUUCUGCAACGAAGUUAGAAAAGUGUGAGCUCAACAGAGGUCUACCCUACUGUCAGACCCAUUCUAACCAUAGAAAGAUCCAAGAACUCAUCACCACCUGAACCAUUAUUCACUUGAUCAUGACGCCCCAAUGUUAUCUGGACAGAUCAAUUUCCUUCUCAGUAGUUAAAAUGAAUUUAUUAUACACAAGUUAUCACCCCAAGGCUACAUUUGAAGAGCAUUGACUUCUUUUCACACAUCAAGAUGUUCCCUCCCGACGUGUGGAAUUCUACGGACCUGAUGUGGUUCAAUACGUCUGAGUUGAAUGCUUCUCUGGAGGAUCUGGAGGAGAGGGACCACCCGUUCCUGACAGACGCCUGGCUGGUGCCUCUCUUCUUCGCCCUCAUCAUGCUGGUGGGGCUAAUUGGGAACUCGCUGGUCAUCUAUGUCAUCUCCAAACACAGGCAGAUGAGGACAGCCACCAACUUCUACAUAGUUAACCUGGCUGCCACAGACAUCAUCUUCCUGGUGUGUUGUGUCCCGUUCACAGCCACUCUCUACCCGCUCCCUGGAUGGAUAUUUGGGAACUUCAUGUGUAAAUUUGUUGCUUUUCUACAGCAGGUGACUGUUCAGGCUACAUGCAUCACCCUCACUGCCAUUAGUGGGGAUCGCUGCUAUGUCACAGUAUACCCUCUAAAGUCCCUACGCCAUCGCACUCCACGAGUCGCCAUGAUCGUUAGCAUCUGUAUAUGGAUCGGUUCCUUCAUUCUAUCCACCCCAAUCUUCAUGUACCAGAGAAUUGAGGAGGGCUACUGGUAUGGACCGAGACACUACUGCAUGGAGAGGUUUCCCUCUAAGACCCAGGAGAGGGCUUUCAUCCUGUACCAGUUCAUAGCUGCCUACCUACUACCUGUCAUUACCAUCUCCUUCUGCUACACACUCAUGUUGAAGAGGGUGGGCCAGCCGUCCGUUGAGCCAGUAGACAAUAAUUACCAGGUCCACCUGUUGUCUGAGAGGACCGUCACUCUGAGGAGUAAGAUCUCCAAGAUGGUGGUGGUGAUUGUCCUCCUAUUCACCAUCUGCUGGGGGCCUAUCCAACUCUUCGCCCUGUUCCAGUCCUUCUACCCCAACUACAGGGUCAACUACACUACCUAUAAGAUCAAGACCUGGGCUAACUGCAUGUCCUACGCUAACUCCUCCAUCAACCCAAUCAUUUAUGGCUUCAUGGGAGACAGUUUCCGCAAGUCCUUCAAAAAGACUUUCCACUUCCUGUUCAAACACAAAGUGAGAGACAGCAGUGUCACGUCACGCACGGCUAAUGCAGAAAUCAAGUUAGUUGCUGCAGAGGAAGGCAACAACGAAGGGAAAUGAGCCCUGGGCUGAGUGAGCUGCUGGGGGCAAAGCUGUUGGGGAUUCAGUUCACAUUGGCACACAAACAGAAAAGCACAUGAUAGACUGCUGCGAAUGCACCCAUUCAGAAGGCAAUGACCCCCUGCUGGGAGCAGCAUUUUAAAAUGGCAUUUGAUGUGUUGUUUGCAAUUCUACAAAAGCUGACUGAUCCUGCUCUGUUCUGAUAUCACAGACAAUGAAAGGACAUUGUAAAAAAUAUAUAAUGUUCACCACCUAGGCAGAAUGCUCAGAAUAAUAUGAAAAUAAUACAAUUAAAACAAUAAAAGUUAUUGGAAUGAAAUUAUAUGAAAUCUAAUAGACACUAUGGUUACAAGAGCAGUCCAAGGUGACCUCAAAAUGGGUUUGUAGACAUUUUGUUAUCAGAUGUGCACAGGUUGUUAACACGUUGUUAUCAUUAACUCAUCUCAAAGCUGUGAAGUGAUUGCACCCGAUUUAUAUUUUUCAAUGGAGAGAUUUAUGAUGGUAGCUAGGAAUUUCACAUGAAUGGCGUUACAAACCACUCAGGAGUUAAAUUCCAGGCCAGUUCAAUGGGUGUACAGCCAACAGUGAUGUGUAGGAGCUUGCUCAGGUAGGGGCAUAGUCAAUGAGGCGUGGUGAGUGUUUACUUUACUACUAUGUUCCAGACACACACUUACACCUCCCUUUACACACAGUGCACAGGUGGCGGGGGCCAGCCCUAUCAUACUUUCACUGGCCAUCCCUACAUUCCCACAGCAUUAUCUUAUGCGACUUAUAGUCACCCGAUCGUUUCCUUUGACAGCGACGCUGUAAAAAAGGACACAAUCUGUGACUGACUUGUCCUAACAGUGCCUCCUCCCAAUGUGCCGUGACUGUCUGUCCUUGUUUGAAUUGCGGAUCGAAACAUCUGUACUGUUGGAAGUAUCUGUGUUCUAUCUGGCACUAUUUUAGCAUUGAGUUAAAAAGUUCACUUGAAAAAAGUGUUUAGAAAGGUGGGAAGAUAAACAGAACUAAAGCACUUGGAAACAACGGAAAACUUUGAACAGAUUUAGAUUGAAUUCUGUACAGAAUGUUUUACUGCAUACACACUUGAAUGCAGUUUAGUCCAUGUUUGAUUGUAACGCUCCCUGUGAAAAUAUGUAUUGUCUUCAGGCAUUUCAGAUGUCUGUACAUUUUGUUUUGGUAAUCACUCCACUUAAGUGUUUUCGAAAAGCCUUUAUUAUAGACUUUCCCUACAGUAUUUGCACUAUCUUUAUUUAUUAUUAAUAUAUUGAUCUUACCGCUUUAGCUCUAUGAAUCAUGUAACAUUCCCUGUAUUUUAAAUGCCUAACUACUGUAGGCCUACAUGAAUAUGUACACUACUGUGGAUUUAACCACUGUGUUUGAUUAUUCAUUUACUUUUAAGCUUUUUUGUGUGUAAUCAGAAAUGUGAAAAGUACAUAUCAUUACCUUUGUUACUAACACAGAAUUGUACAUUAUUAUACUUUUUUUAAUUAGAAAUGUUGCAGGAUAAAAUCUCUUGAUGCACCAUCUCCUUUUCAAGUGUCCCCCAAAAAAUAAAAAAUAAAAAUAAUAAUAAUAAUUAGUAAUAUGUAAACUACUGUCUAAUAAUAAUAAUGACAUAAUAAUAAUACAUACAGACAUAUUUAUAAAUAUCUGUUUGUUCAUAACAUUUGAAAAAGGGCUUUCUUAAAUUCACUGUGUGAUUUAAAUGCCCUGAUUUCUAUAGGUAAAUGACUCCAGUCAGUUGGGUCUUUGUAUGUGAAAGAUCUUACUCUAACCUCAUGAUGAACCCUUGGAAUGUGUAAUUGCUGCUGUUGUCUAAAGGAGUAGUGUGAGUCUUGCAAAGUUAGGCGUUCCUACAGGGAAAUGUAUCAAUGCAGUUGUCUUCUGUUUGGGAGUGACAGACAAUUUACUGAUUCAUACAUGAUGUGUCUUAUAACGGCAUCCAAGAAUCAAUGUGCAAAGAUUGUGAUGAAUCUAAUUCACAGGGUAAGGUAUUGGUUGUGUUUUGAUAGAUGAUGUUGCCAUAGUCUAAGAUAGGUAGCAGCAGUUGGGAUAAGGUUUUUCUAAUGGAUACAGUAAAACAAAUAUUGUGUAGUAACCCAAGCGUAUAGAUAAUUGUUUUUCUAAUAUAAUCAACAUGCUUUCCAAAAGAUCAUUCAGAAUCUUCCAAAUCCAGAUAUUUCAAACAAUCACAUUCAAGCAUUGUUCCAUCACUUGCAUGCAUUUUGAAAUGGCCAGCUGUGGAAUUAAUUCUUUGACGUUUACCAAA